AUGGAAAUGCCGGUGGGCGUGCAAGAUGGCCUGAACAUAGAUGAAAAGUAUGCCAAAAUGCUGCGCACAGAGUCCAACAUGCUCUUUUUAUCUAGCAAGGAUGAAACUGAAGCCCUUCUUCAGCCUCAACAAGAUAUCAUCCUUCCAAUGCUUCACAAUAUGAUGCAGAAAAUAAAAUCUAGUGAAAUUGAGCUUGCAAUGGCUGGUUACUUUGAUGCCAGUGCUGAGGCCUCAAAGAUCUGCAAGCAGCUACUGAGGAACAUCAAGAACACCCAAAGCAACUACCAAUCAAUGGAAAGCUUCCUUGCAAGCAUUUUGGGAUGUACCACUGCCACUAGUAGUACUUCCCUUGCACUGGAAACGUUCCCUGUUGAAGGCAACCCUUUCAGCACAACCACAAGAAGCAAUUUCAGACAGAUUCAUGACAAGUACUCCUCCGUACUCCAGACCAUGAAAUCAAGCCACAAGAAAGUGUCAAGGAAGCUCAAGAUAGUGAAAACAAUCAAGAAACUUUCAAGGACUUGCCUUAUCAUGGCAUGUGGUGUGGUUGCCAUCGCCACUGCAGCACACCUGAUGUUCUUUAGCCCUCUUUUUGGGUCUGAGCUCAUGGGGCUCUGCCCUAUGGCACUGAAGAGGAGGAUCACAAGGCUGAAACGAUCCAAGACAAAGUCUUUGCAGCGGUUGCAGGAGCAACUCGAUACUGCCGCGAAGGGCACGUACGUUCUUGGUAGGGACUUCGACACGGUGAGCCACCUCGCAGCGCGCCUUUCUGAUGGUAUUGAGCGGGAGAAUUCAAUGGCGAUGUAUUGCAAGGGGAUGGUGGAUGAGAAGUUCCAAGUGCAUGAGAUGGUGAUGGAGCUGAGGAGGAGUUGCUGUAACUCUAGGAGACUGGCUGAGGAGCUAGAAGAGCACGUGGGCCUAUGCCUUGCUACAAUCAAUAGGGCUAGAGUUUUGGUGAUCGAAGAGAUCUCCAAGCAAGCAUGAAAGCAGCUCUCAGUUUGUAU